AUGGAAGUAGUGGUGAAAGUCAUAUUUGGAGGUGGUUCUUCCUUUUUGAACCUCAAUCAGUUGCAGUUUUGUCUCAUGCCUACACUUUCAGUUGAGAAGAAAUCAGUUCACUCAGAAGAUCCAUUUAAUGAUGAACAACGUGAACGGCAUGAAGUAGAAAUGCUAGCCAAGAAGUUCGAGGCGAAAUACGGUGGAAAGCCCCACAAACAUCGGAAGGAUCGCCUGCAGGAUCUGAUUGAUAUAGGUUAUGGUUAUGAUGAAACAGACCCUUUCAUAGAUAAUUCUGAAGCGUAUGAUGAAUUGGUUCCUGCAUCACUGACAACCAAAUAUGGAGGGUUUUAUAUCAACACUGGUACACUGCAGUUCCGCCAGGCAUCUGACUCGGAGGAUGAAGACUUUGCAGAAGACAAAAAGCAGAGGCCACCUAAAAUAGCAAAGUUAAAAGAAAGCGAAGACCGUGGAAUGAAGAAGCGCAAGCGGAAAGACGAAGAGACAGAAAAGGAGAAGAAGCCUCGGAAAAUGAAAGUUCCUAAGCAGUUGGGAGUAAUGGCCUUAAAUUCACACAAGUCUGAAAAGAAGAAAAAGAAAUUAUAUAAAGACUCACUUUCUCUGGCUGCCAUGAUCCGUAAAUUUCAAAAGGAGAAGGAAGCCAUGAGGAAGAAGGAAUCUGGUCCAAAACCUCCAGUGACUAUUGCAACCUCUACCCCUAGUAAAAUUCCUUCUUCCUCUCUCAGUGCAGGAAAUGAUAUCUCUGACUUGAACCUGAGGAUCAGUGAUCCUGUCCUCUCCAUUUUUGGUAGCACAAAUGAACGUGAGCUCCUGCAAGAAGCUGAAAGUGCCCUGGAGAUUCUGGGAGACAUUGACUUUGACAAGUUGCUUGAUGGCACUUCUGAUGGCAGCCCAGUAUCUGAGCUGUCAGGAGAAAAUGGAAAUGUCACUCAGGCAACCUACACCUCUCAGGUCAUGACACCCAAGCAGGUGCCGGCCCUCCCAGAAGGUCUGCCUAUGCUUCUUGAAAAGCGCAUUGGAGACCUUCGAACAGCCGCAAAGAUGUUUGAUGAAGAAGGCAGGAAAAAAUUUUUCACACAAGACAUGAAUAAUAUUCUGCUGGAUAUUGAGCUACAGUUACAGGAGAUAAAUCCUGCCAUCCGCAAUGGAGUGUACUCUCACCUUGAGGCUUUUGUGCCAUGCAAUAAGGACACACUGAUAAAGCGUCUGAAGAAGUUACACCUCAAUGUCCAGGAUGACCGUUUGAGAGAACCACUGCAAAAGCUGAAACUGGCUGUCAGUAAUGUCAUGCCUGAACAGUUAUGCAAAUAUCAAGAGGAUUGUCAGGCCCGUAAUCAAGCCAAGAAUGCCAAGUUGCAAGCAGAAGAUGAACGAGAAAAAAAUGGAUCAGAGGAAGAUGAUGAUGAAAAGCCUGGAAAGAGGGUUGUGGGGCCCAGAAAAAAGUUUCACUGGGAUGAUACAGUGAGGUCUUUGUUGUGUAAUCUUGUCAAGAUCAAGCUGGGAUGUUAUGAGCUAGAGCCAAAUAGAAGUCAAUCUGCUGAAGAUUACCUCAAAACCUUUAUGGAAACAGAGGUGAAACCACUUUGGCCUAAAGGCUGGAUGCAGGCAAGGAUGCUUUUUAAAGAAAGUCGAAGUGUUCACAAUCACCUCACUUCUGCUCCGGCAAAAAAGAAGGUGAUUCUGGCACCUAAACCCAAAGUGAAGGACUCCAGUCCAAAGAAAGAACAGAAAACCUGUACAUCUUCAGUCAAUUCAGGUUGUGCUACUACGCUGAGUUCCAGCGCACCUAUCUGCACCCCAGCCGGCUCUAGCUGCACACCAGCUCCGGAGACUAUCUGCUUGGAUGACUCACUGGAUGAAGACCUCUCUUUCCAUCCACCCUCACUGGAUUCUAUCUCUGAUGCUCUGGCAGUUAUCAAUAACGGUGCCAAGGGAUCACCUCUUGGGUCCACUGUAGAAACACCAACAUCAAGACCUCGCCCUGGGCUGAGGGAAGAGAAACUGGCAAGCAUCAUGAGUAAGUUGCCUCUGGCAACUUCAAAGAAAGUAGAGCCCACUCAGACACCCCAUUCAUCAAGUCUUAUUGCUGGUCACACAGGGCCAGUACCAAAGAAACCCCAGGACUUAGUUCACACUGGUAUCUCUUCAGGCCUUAUUGCUGGAUCUUCAAUUCAAAAUCCUAAGGUUUCCUUAGAGCCUUUGCCAGCCAAACUACUUCAGCAAGGACUGCAGAGGUCAAGCCAGAUCCAAGCUGCUUCCUCCUCUUCACAGACCCAUGUUUCUUCCUCUAAGACCCAAGCAGCUAUUUCCACCUCCUCUCAAAGACCCAAGGAGGCUAAUAUCUUGGUAUCAUCUUCUGAGGCCCAAAGUGGUUCUUCCUCAACAUCGCAAGUGACAAAGGUGCACCAGCAUUCAGCUGUACAACAGAAAUAUGUAUCUCCUCUGCAAGCAACCAUUAGUAAAUCACAGACCAAUCCAGUGGUGAAAUUGAGUAGUAAUCCUAAACUAUCUUGUUCAUCACCAGUCAUCAAGGCUCAAGAUAAGUCUGUAGUGUAUCGCCUGCCUUUGUCUAAUGCCUCAUCUGGAAGCGGCUCUCAAGUAUCUCACCCACUGGUUUCUCGGACAACAUCCAGCACCUCUACCUCUAGUAACUAUUUAGCCAAGGCUAUGGUGUCACAGGUUUCUUCCCAGGGUUUCAAGCCUCCCUUCUCCAUGGCUGCCUCUCCCAAACCUGCUGCCUCUCCCAAGUCCACUGCCUCUAAGCCCUCUGUGACGCCCAAGCCCAAUGCAUCACCUAAAUUUUCAUCGAAGUCCACCUCAUCCCCCAGGCCUGCAACAACACCCAGUUCUUCCAGUUCAAGUGCACUAGUUUCCCAGAGUAGUCACUCCAGCAGCAACUCCCUUCAUAAACAGACCAGUGGUGUAAAUAUCAGCAGGCAGUCUCCCACAAUGAAUUUGCUGCCCUCUAAUCGCACCUCAGGCCUUCAGCCUGCAAAGAACCCUCAGGCUUCUUCAAAAUUGCCCAACUCUUCUCCUUCUGGAACUGUUGGCAAAAAUAAUUUGGGUGGAGUUGGAAUGAAUGUACCUGCCAGCAGAGGCAGUAAUCUUAACUCAAGUGGAGCUAGUAGGACUAGUCUAUCUGGGGGAGCAGGAAGUGGAACACAGGGUGCUACUAAGCAAUUGUCAACUCCACACAGACCAUCUUCUGCCUCAGGGUCUCCAGUUGUAGCAGCCAGUGUGCAGUCAACAGCAGGAGCAUCAUUACUGGCUAAUGCCUCACCUCUGACUCUCAUGGCCUCACCCCUGUCUGUAACCAGUCAGAAUGUGACGUCUGCGCCAUUAACUCCUUUUGGGAUGCUGGGUGGCCUUGUUCCUGUGACCGUGCCCUUCCAAUUUCCCUUGGAGCUGCUUGGCUUUGGGACGGACACAGCUGGAGUGACAACCACCUCGGGAUCUACCUCAGCAGCUUUCCACCACAGCCUAACUCAGAACUUACUGAAGGGUUUACAGCCAGGUGCUCAGCAUGCAGCAACGCUGUCUCACUCACCUCUGCCUGCUCACUUGCAGCAAGCUUACACAGAUGGAGGCCAAAGUAAAGGGGACACUAAGUUACAGCGGAAAAACCAGUGACUUCUGGACAAGCAAGGGAGCUGAAGCAGUUCUGGUUGGCUGACAGAAUGUGCCCGGUUGGGAAAGUGCUUAUUGUCACAGGGCUGCUGUUUCUGUCAAUGUUUACAUAUUCUGAUCCCAAGCACUGUGGUGAGAGGAAGAAGAAAAAGAAAACAAUACUUGAUCAAAGAGAGAAGGAAAAGGAGGACUGGUCCUCCUGGUCAUACAGACUGGUCAUAGUUUGAUCUUGCCUAAAGAAACAAAGCUUUUUUUUUUUUUAAUCCACUCUGAUUGGCUUUUAAAAAAAAAAAAAAAAAUUGGUUGUCAAACCCACAGCAGCACAAACAUAUUUUCUGGGUGAUGUCCAGUGAAAAGUUGAAAGCGUGAGAGGAGCUACAACAGGUUUCUUCAUCCAUUGUGUGAGGUGGAGUUGUCCACUUAGUUCCUGACGUGCCCCAUGUAAAGUUAUAUGUAGGUCCUGAACGUACCAUACGGUUGCGGACCAAAAGGAUAUGUAGAGUAGAGGUGAUGUUGGGAUACUUUUGGGUUAUACUUAAAACCUUACACAGAUGCAGAGUUUCUGAUAUGGGCAUUUUUCCAGCUUUGUAAGGGUUUUUGGCUUUAGGGAGCCUACAGAUAUAUGCAGUCUCAUUAGUCCCAGAGAGCUGUCUUCAAAACAGAUCUCUGGUACAUGAGACGUCAGAGACAGACUACUGGGAAACCCCUUGCUCCUUGCUUUUGGGGGUUUUGUUUUUUUGUUUUUUGUUUAACACAGAUAUUUAAGGGAGGAAGGAUGUGGGAAUUGUUCAUCUUACAUUAAAAGGAAAUUUACAUUUUAUUGGUCAGACUAGCAUUUCUUCCCUGCCCCCAACCCUGUUUUUAAGGCACACUUGUAUUUCAUUUCUUUAGUUUGCUCAAUUCUUUCUCGUUUGCCUUGUGCCUGUCUGCUACUAAAACGAAGUAAUGUCCUAUCACAUCCUUUAUAAAAACAACCAGUUCUUCACCCGUUCUAGAGCUUCCUCAUCUUUCAUCUAACUCCUCCCAAAAGCCAUGCAUUAUACUGACCUGCUAGUCAAGGAAAGCUGAAUGUGACUUAUUCCAGAGCCAGGUUAAUACUGCUUCAGGCAUUAGCCAAAGAGGAGUCGUUCAAGAGCGACCAGAGGUGCCUUCUCUUCCGGGGGCUGAAUGGGUUGUCUCCAGCAUUUCCAGCCCCUGCUGGCCUGGGGAGUUCCUGACCUGAACUCUUCCUUACGUGGUAGCACAAGACUGCAAAGCUAGCUUGCUUGCCUUUUUUUUUUUUUUUUUUCCUUAAUUGGAUAGCAAUACAUUGACUUGUUCAUUUGUAAGGUUAGGAAAUAUCCAGCACACGUUGCACUUUUGACACUAGGGCAGAACUUCACUGAGUCCCUUGCAUUGUCAAAUAAGAUGAGAAUGGCAAACUGAAAUAAGUCAUAGAGGAAAGCAGCAGCUAAAAUCAUAUGAUGCUCUUCUCCUUCAACCCUGAAACAUUCCUUUGAUCAGAGCAGCUGAAAUUCCUAGUAGCUAGCUAGUCUUUCCAGUAGUUUGAUCUGAGAUUGAACCAGUGACAACUGGUCAUCUCACACCUUCAAGAGACAAACUUUGACUCAUGGUUAUUGAAUUUUCAGUGUUUUUUGCCAGAUUAACUUAUAGCUUUCCGUUCUUUUAUGUGUGAUUUAUUUUUCUUAGACAAGGCAACAAUUUUCUUUUC